CAAAAAAGCCCACCUUAGCAAAACUAAGGAUAGGGAUCAGUGAUCACGCUGUGAUUAAAUGGCAUCAGAAAUCACCUACGCUGAAGUGAAGUUCCCGAAUGCAUCACCAGCUGCAGCGGCUGAAGUACCUCCCAAGACGAAGAAGCAGGAGCACCAUCCCCAGAAAUAUCCGCCUUGGCUCCCGUGGCUGAUCUCACUGCUGCUCCUCUUGGUGUGCAUUGCCCUCAUUAUUGCUUUCCUUGUCGUGCCCCUCUCCCCCAGCGAUGAGGAGCCCACAGCCCUGCAGCAGAAAUUCACGGAGUGGCAGUGCGACUCGGCGGUGCCGCAAGGCAAAGGGCGAGGCUGGACGUGCUGCCCAAAGGGCUGGAAACGCUUUCAAAAAAGUUGCUACUACCUGUCGGAUGAUAGGAUGCGCUGGGCUGAGAGUGAGCAGAACUGCACUGGGAUGGGCUCCCACCUGGUGGUGAUCAACACCGAAGCAGAGCAGGCUUUCCUCACUAAAGAGCUACUAGAUGCAUUAGGAAGAAAUUACUACAUCGGUCUGAGAGCACGGCAGGUGGGCCAGUGGCAGUGGGUGGACCAGACUCCAUUUAAUGCGACGGCAGCGUUCUGGCGGAAAGGGGAACCAAGUAAUGUGGUUGCUGAGCCGUGCGUUGCAAUCCAUACCAGUUCAGAAAUAGACAACUGGAAUGAUAGCCGAUGCGAGAGCCAUUAUCGAAUUUGUGAAGCUGCAGCAGUAACUGUGUGAUGGAGCGACCCUCAUCUUGAGAAAAACCGAGGGAUGAGC